AGCGUGCUGUUAGGCGCAUUUCUUGUUUACAACCGAAUAAAUUUCUUGGUCCCCGUAUAUUUUAUCCUUACUUCGCGAGGCCUUAAAGGAUAUAGGCUGCCACACAUGGCUACGUCGCCGGAAAAGUCCCCCGCCCUGGAUGCGGACCCUGAGCCCAGCGGCCUGCUCUCCGCCACCGUGGUGGCCGGCCUCAGGAACCUGGGAGGCAUCAUCUCGCCUCCGCUGACCAAGCUGCUCAUUGCGAACUCUUUGAAACUGACCCUACAUCCGGAUGCCACCAUUGCUCCCGUUCCCGAGCUCUAUGCCAGCAAUGCCGCCUGCGCCAAACAGAGCGAGUACGCGGUGGUCACCCUCUACGCCCUGGCCACCAAGCACGGCUGGGACGGACUCCAGCUCCGCCAGCAGCUGGAGCAACUGGCCCUGGACGCCGGCACCGUCGACGAACUGAGUCGCGUGUUCGAGGAUAGCCGCAAGGAGCUAAUCCUUCGCCAGCUGCAGCUGGGCCACAGCUUCCCGCACAUCACCGACAUCCAGUGGCGCAUUGUGUGCGACGUCAAGUCCUCCACCUCUGACUGCAGCACGGGCGUGGCCAACUUCCACAUCAAUCUGGGUAACUUCCGGCCGAGCAGCGGCGAGCGGGAGACCAUCGUGGAGUUCAUCUGCAACGCCGAGGAGCUGCAGUCGCUGAUCAACCGCCUUAAGGAGAUCGAGCGGCACUGCCACCAAAUGGCCGUGGCCUAAAAAACACGCCCUCUUUCAACAUUCUUAUCGAUUAUAUUUCGCACAGCAUAUAUAACACCAGCAUUUGUCGGCUAUAUACAGUGUCGGGAACAGAAAACCUAAACAGCUAACACAGUCAUCAUCACUAAAAGGCUUCAACUACAUCUUAACUCCGAUGGCUUCCGCAUCCGCGUCAUUGGGCCAACUUGCGUUGCGGCGGCACCAGCAACUCCACCAGCUGGUCGUAGUGAUUCGGCGCCGUGCAGUAGAUGGUGCCCGAGAAGUGGGUGCGAUCGUUCUCCUCGGCAGCGAUUACUGUGCAGUGGUUCUGCAGCGACAGCCGCAUGUUGAGGCCCCGAAAGCGGUGAUCCUGCUUGUACAGCUUGGCCCCGUCCCGCGGCAGGAAGUAGGGUCGUCCGCUGAAGGGGUUCAGGAAGUCCGCCCAGUAGCCCAGCGACAGCAGGCGAUCGCUUAUGUCCCGGGCAGCCAGCACAAACUGGAAGUAUGGAGUUGUCAUUAGUUGAAUUGGAUAGGGUUUACUUCUGUAGAUCAUAGCCUGGUCCCGGAACUAUAUUUUCUUGUUUCACGACUGUCAUGUACUAGCAUUCACAAUGUUAUAAAUGAACUAUACCAUAAACAGUCCAUCUUAGGUAGUAUAAGUACAGGAGAGAUCAGUUCUUAAACUCAAAAAUAAAUAUGAAUUACAUCAUAA